AUGGCGCCAGUCAAUGUCGUCCAUCUGCCCAACGGCCAAAACCUUACCGUCACGCCCGUGUUUGGCGGCCUCUUCUUCAAGUCGAGCGAUAUUCACACGCAUUCGCCGUUCCCACCUGGCUGGACAAUCGUGCUCAAUUCCGAAGAUGAGCCCCCUACGAACGAACAAGAGCAGCAGCAGCAGGGUGAGGAGGAGCUGUUCCCACCGCGCCAUGUGCAUCGCUUCAAAAGGCCGACCUUGAACGGAGACCACCUCUACAUAUCGUCCAUAUCGAACCCCAGCAGUAGCGAGUUCAAGCCCGCUGCCUCACCAACCCGCCAAAUCGCGAUGAUGCUGUGGGCGACACUGUACUGGUACUUUCACCAACCCGAACCGACGCUCCAGGUCACGAACGCGAUCUCCAAGAACACUGCGGAUGCAGGAAAGCCAAAGGGCGAAUGGCGCAUAAACAUCAACAGGGAGGGCGUGUUCAAGGGCAAAGUUGUGCUGCCCAAGUUGGAGCGCAUGGGACUCAUCGCCAGCGAAGAUUCGACUGUUGGGUGUGCACAAGAGGAAUCGUCUCCUGAAGGCUGGGAGCGCAUGUUUGUCAGUCGGAGGACCUUUUGGCAGCUCGACCCCAGAAUAUACCUCUUCACUCUUUCGCCGCUGGCCAACACAAACUCACCCUUCCCAUCAGGCUCGCCGUAUCCCUCGCGACCGUCGUCUCCCGCGCUUGGAUCUGAUGCGAAGCAAGAACAUCAACUGGACCAGGUCUCACCAGGCUUGUGGUCACCGACUGCGCCAGGUCCCUUCCACUCGAGCUCGCAUUUACCCACGUUCUACCCACCGCCUCCCGCGCAAUACGUCUUCACGAACAAUACGCGACACCCGAUACGACCGAAGCCACCUCGGCAGGGCGAGAUACUAUACACAAGGUACAUACCCAGCGUUGGACAAUAUCUGUCUUUCCGAGUAGCUUCCAUCUCUUCGAAAGCGCUUCGACACCAGGGCCCGGUCUCAAGCCACGUGCCCAGUCCAAACGGCAUGUCGGAUCCGGAAUAUCUACACAAGUGGAUGAACGACCCCCGGGUGUCGCAUUUCUGGGGCGAGGCGGGCCCGCAGUCCCACCAGGAGCAGUUCCUCAAGAACGGCCUACAAUCGAAGAACUCGUUCCCAGUCAUGGGUUGCUGGGACGGGAAGCCAUUUGGCUACUUCGAGCUAUACUGGGUCAAGGAGGACAACCUUGGUAAAUACCUGCCCAUUGUCAGUGAUUACGACCGGGGCUUCCACUGCCUGGUAGGAGAGCAGGAGUUCAGGGGAGCGCAUAGGGUCAAGAUCUGGUUGAGUGCGUUAGUGCACUACUGUUGGCUCGCGGAUAACCGGACGGAGAGGGUCAUGUUGGAGCCGAGGGUCGAUAACGAGAAACUGGCAAACUACCUCCAAGAAGCGGGCUUCUACAAGGAGCGCGAGAUCAGCCUCCCACACAAGCAGAGCAACCUGUUCAAAAUCAACCGCGACGUAUGGAAGGGACCGGCGCUGUGA